AUAAAUUUAUAUACCGUGUUCAGAUAUUUGUUUUCCGGACUUGUUUAGGCAACCGCUUCAUGCUGGAUACUCCUAUAGACUUUGUAUCAGCUCAAACGCAUGCAACAUGUUUUAAUUCUGGUAUCUUCUUGAUUGUUUAUUAGUGGCUAAGUCAACAGUGAAGGGGAAAAAACUAAAUUCGGAAAAUGUCUUACAAACAAGAAAGAGCAGCUUUCACAACUUUCAAGUCCAACUACACCGAGCUGCACCAAGAUUUGACCAGAUUUUUUCAAGAGCUUCCUGGGAGGCUGAAAAGAAGAGCCCCAACUGGGCUGAGUGAUGUCAAGGUCAUCCCUACCAUCAUGUCGCCUAGUGACGAAUUCUUCAAUGUCGAUGAGGCGGACCUCGUUCUGAAGAAGUGGCAGGAGGUAGUCGAUGCCACGAAGUUUGUGCUGUUGAACAUUGUCAGUUACGUCACAGAAAACAAUCAGGAAUGGUUUCAGGAACAAAAGAAAAAGUUAGAUUGGUGGUUUGACGUUCUUAGCGGCCAAGCAAAUCUGCUGAGACUGGAGACGUCUACUGUUGAAAAAUUAAGAGAAGCCCGUGCUGGAAUAGGCUCAGCUAACAGAGGAACUGCUGAUUUGAGAGAAAAAAUUGAAAUGAGAAAAAAACAAGACACCAUCAACUCACUCAAGACAUUGUUAACCGCGUCAUAAAAGCAACGGUGAUAAAGGUCUAACGCGUCAGUUUCAGUGCCUCUUUGUAAAUACAUGUUUGAAAAUGUAUAUAUCAAAGUUCGAUUUUUUUUUGGUUUCAUUUCGUUAGCACAUUAUAGAAAUGAUACUUUUGUGUAAUAUUUAGCGACGUGAAUACUUAUUUAAUGUACCUCUGUUUAAAUAUUUAUGUCUGCUUUUAUUUAAAGUCUAAAUGUAUACAUAGGCUACUUUGUUGCUUCUUCAAAGCUUGUUUAUACAAAUUGACAUUUUAAAGCUUAUUUUAGGUCAUAAAUUAUUUAAUUUAUUUAAUUUUUAAUUAGACGAUCACUUAGUGAUGUUAAAAUAAUGAUAAACAGAUGAUUGAUUACGACACAGUUUUGUGUAUAGCGAUUAAAAACUAAAAAUAUACAUUUCAAAACAUGGGUAGAGAGUACUUCUAUGUGUAGCUACUAUCCAACAUUUAGCUGAUCCUUGUAUAGUUUAGGGUAAGUUCUAAAAACGAUAUUAUUAUGUGCAUCGGGUUAUGUUGAUGAGUUAAAAGACAAUACAUUAAUUUCUAAAAAUA